AUGUGUAAUAAAAACGAAAAUAGUUAUUCCGAAGUACUAAAUCAAAUUAAUAUACUCAAAUCAAAUUUACGACCAAAAGCUAUUGUGAUAGAUUUCGAACAAGCAUUUAUAAAAUCAUUUAAAGAAUUAUAUACUGAUGUUAAAAUACAUGGAUGUUUUUUUCAUUUUACCCAGUGCUUAUGGCGAAAAUUGCAAUCGUGUGGAUUAAAGAACAGGUAUUCCACAGACGCAAUAUUUGCCCACGAAAUAAAAAAAUUAUCGGCUCUUGCUUUUGUACCUGUUGAUAAUGUUAUUUCUGCAUUUGAAGAACUAAUUAACUCCAACUACUACGUAGACAAUGAAGAAGAAUUACGAACAUUUGUUGAUUAUUUUGAGGACACGUGGAUUGGGAGACCAACACGUGGUGGUAGGUGA